CCCCCCCUUUUCAAUAUGGCUGUCGUAUCUGCUGUCUCCAGUACCGCUCCGAUUGGAGAUUGACUCGACUCUCCCUUCCUUAUUGCCUCUCACUUCUGUCGCUGUCGUCGAGACUUUGAAAACAAAUCUAAUUUGCAUCUAUUCACCUCCCCCGACUCCGUUUUUUGCUCCAGCCUUCAUCAGCCAUCGCAUCGGGCCUUUUUGCCCCUAAACAACCAGCCUCCAACACUCCCAAUCAAUCAACAAUUUCCAAUGGUUUGAAUGCACUUUUCGCGUUUCAUUUUGUUUUUAAUGAACAAUGUGUGAAAACUGCGCCGAGCUGGUGGAGGUAUUAAAUGAAAUAUCGGAUGCAGACAGCACUGAUGGCUUACAGCUAAAGAAGGAGCAUGCUCUCAGAGUUUUCAGUUACAUCAGCUCAUGGACUCAAAGGCAGUGUCUGUGUUGCUUUAAGGAAUACAAACACCUGGAGGUGUUUAACCAGCUGGUGUACGCUCUCAUCAACCUGGUGAUCAGCCAGGUGCAGUGCCUACGAGAGAGGCUGUGCCGGGGACCCGGCAGUGAGCCCGAGUGGCCGAGGACGCGCCCGCCGCCCAGUGACGAUGAGCCGCUCAACGUCGAGAGGGACUCAGCCGAGGAGGACGGCGGCGGCGAGGCUGGCGGCCAGCGCCUGGACCAGAACCAGAACCAGAGCCAGGGCCCGGGACACCGCGGCGGCAAGCAGGAGCAGCCGAGGCCCGCACCCGGGGACGGCGCUGGUACUGGCGCUGGCGCGGACAGCCAAGACCCGUUCGGGUCCUGGAGCACGGAGGACAGGGAGAAGCUUCUGCUGUGUGCUGCCAAGAUCUUUCAGAUCCAGUUCCCCCUGUACACAGCCUACAAACACAACACCCACCCCACCAUAGAGGACAUUUCAGCUCAAGAAAGCAAUAUCCUAGGAUCUUUCUGUGACAUGAACGAUGUGGAAGUACCGCUGCACCUGCUCCGGUACGUUUGCCUCUUCUGUGGAAAACAUGGCCUUUCCCUCAUGAAGGACUGCUUUGAGUAUGGAACUCCAGAGACGCUGCCUUUCCCCAUCGCUCACGCGUUCAUCACCAUCGUCUCCAACAUCAGAAUAUGGUUGCACAUCCCUGCCGUCAUGCAGCACAUCAUACCCUUCCGCACCUACGUGAUCAGGUACCUGUGCAAGCUGUCGGACCAGGAGCUGCGUCAAAGCGCGGCGCGGAACAUGGCAGACCUGAUGUGGAGCACGGUGAAGGAGCCCCUGGACAGUGCGCUGUGCUUCGACAAGGAGAGCCUGGACCUCGCCUUCAAGUACUUCAUGUCCCCAACACUAACCAUGCGGCUGGCCGGACUCAGUCAAAUCACGAAUCAGCUGCACACGUUUAACGACGUCUGCAAUAACGAGUCAUUGGUGUCAGACACCGAAACGUCAAUAGCAAAGGAACUAGCGGACUGGCUAAUUAACAACAAUGUGGUUGAACACAUCUUUGGACCAAACCUGCACAUCGAGAUCAUCAAGCAGUGCCAAGUGAUCCUGAACUUCCUGGCCGCGGAGGGGAGGCUGAGCACGCAGCACGUGGACUGCAUCUGGGCGGCGGCUCAGCUAAAGCACUGCAGCCGGUACAUCCACGACCUGUUCCCCUCCCUCAUCAAGAACCUGGACCCUGUGCCGCUGCGGCACGUGCUGAACCUGGUGUCGGGCCUACACCCCAGCGCUCACACCGAACAGACGCUGUACUUGGCCUCCAUGCUGAUCAAAGCGCUGUGGAACAACGCUCUGGCCGCCAAGGCUCAGCUGUCGAAGCAGAGCUCCUUCGCCUCUCUGCUCAACACCAACCUCCCCAUGGGCAAUAAAAAGGGCUCGCCUGCUGCCAGUCCCGAGAGCAGCGACAACAGUGACACCCACCACAGCGGAGGGAGUGACAUCGAGAUGGACGAGCAGAUCAUGAACAGCAGCAAACGGGGACAGCAGAGGCUCUCUGACACAGAGGAGUCCAUGCAGGGCAGCUCCGACGAGACGGCGAACAGCGGGGAGGAGGGCAGCAGCGGGCCCGGGAGCAGCAGCGGCCGCAGCGAGGGCUCCAGCAACGAGGCCGGGUCCAGCCGGGCCAGCCAGUCCGCCGGCAGCCCCGGCAGCGAGCUGCACUCGGACGACAUGGCCGACAGCGAGGCGCUGAAGGAGGAGGAGGAGGAGGAUGACGACGAGGAAGAGGAGGAGGAGGAAGAGGAGGAGGAGGAGGACGACGGCUCGGCGGCGGCAACGGCGGGUGGCGCACAGAAGGAGCCCCGGGACCCCACGGAGAUCAGGAAACGGAAGGCCGGCGAGCCCCAGCCCCAGGGAGGCCUGUGCCUGGUGGACUCGCAAGGCUCUGUAGACAGGGCGGGAGGCAGCGGCGGGGCCGGCGCUAAGGGCCUUCCCUUCACCCCCGAGGCGGCGGCGUCCAUGGUGGCGGCCUCAUCGUCGUCCGUGGACGGCCGCAUGAGGAUGCUGGACGCCUGCUCCUCCUCGGCCCGCCCCGAGGGGCCCGACCACGACCUGCAGGGGGAGAUGGGCCCCGCGCACAUGCCCCCCGGCACCCAGGACCCGCCCUGCCUCCCUCGGUCGGGCGACUUCCUGGGCGAGGCCAUGGGCAACGAGCUCUUCAACUGCAGGCGCUUCAUUGGACCCCAGCACCACCACCACCACCACCAUCAUCACCACCACCAUCACCACCAUGAGGGGCACAUGGUGGAGGAUAUGCUCAGCGCGGACGAUGUCAGCUGCAGCAGCUCCCAGGUCAGUGCCAAAUCGGAGAAGAACAUGGCCGACUUUGACGGGGAGGAGUCCGGCUGCGAGGAGGAGCUGGUCCAGAUCAACUCCCACGCCGAGCUCACCUCGCACCUGCAGCAGCACCUGCCCAACCUGGCCUCCAUCUACCAUGAGCACCUGGCGCAAGGGCCCUCGGUGCACAAGCAUCAGUACUCCGGCCACGCCGUCACCGACAUCAACCUGGACAACGUGUGUAAGAAGGGCAACACGCUGCUGUGGGACCUGGUGCAAGACGAGGAUGCGAUCCACCUGUCGGAGGGCCUGAUCAACGAGGCGGAGAAGCUGCUGUGCUCGCUGGUGUGCUGGUUCACUGACCGGCAGAUCCGGAUGCGCUUCAUCGAGGGCUGCCUGGAGAACCUCGCCCACCACCGAUCGGUGGUCGUUUCUCUGCGCCUCCUUCCCAAGCUCUUCGGCACCUUUCAGCAGUUUGGGAGCAGCUAUGACACCCACUGGAUUACCAUGUGGGCGGAGAAGGAGCUGCACAUGAUGAAGCUGUUCUUUGAGAACCUGCUGCACUACAUCCAGGAGGUCCGGGAGAAGCGGCACAAGUUUGCACUGUACGGGCACAGCGCGGAGGUCCAGGUGCGCCUGCAGUUCCUCACCUGCGUCUUCUCCACCCUGGGCUCCCCGGACCACUUCAGGCUGAGUCUGGAGCAGGUGGACAUCCUGUGGCACUGCCUUGUGGAGGACUCGGAGUGCUACGACGACGCUCUCCACUGGUUCCUCAACCAGGUGCGCAGCAAAGACCAGCACGCCAUGGGCAUGGAGACCUACAAGCACCUCUUCCUGGAGAAGAUGCCCCAGCUGAAACCGGAGACCAUCAGCAUGACGGGCCUCAACCUCUUCCAGCACCUGUGUAACCUGGCCCGCCUGGCCACCAGCGCCUACGACAGCGGCUCCAACUGCGAGCUGUGUGGUAUGGACCAGCUGUGGGGCAUCGCCCUGAGAGCGCAGUCAGCCGACAUCAGUCGCGCCGCCAUCCAGUACAUCAACUCCUACUAUAUCAACGGCAAAACAGGCCUGGAGAAGGAGCAGGAGUUCAUCAGCAAGUGCAUGGAGAGCCUGAUGAUCGCGUCGGGGAACCUGGAGAAGGACCCUCACUCCAGCCUCACCAUCAUCGAGAGGGGCCUUCUCAUGCUCAAGACUCACCUGGAGGCCUUCCGGCGCAGGUUCGCUUACCACUUGCGGCAGUGGCAGAUUGAGGGCACGGGCAUCAGCAGCCACCUGAAGGCCCUGAGUGACAAGCAGUCUUUGCCACUGAGGAUCGUGUGCCAACCCGCCGGCCUGCCCGACAAGAUGACGAUCGAGAUGUACCCCAGCGACCAGGUGGCAGACCUGCGGGCGGAGGUGACGCACUGGUACGAGAACCUGCAGAAGGAGCAGAUGAACCAGCAGGCCCAGCUGCAGGAGUUCGGCCAGAGCAGCCGACAGGGAGACUUCCCAGGAGGCCUGAUGGGCCCGGUCCGAAUGAUCUCCUCCGGACACGAGCUGACCACCGACUACGAUGAGAAGACCCUGCAUGAGUUGGGCUUCAAAGACAUGCAGAUGGUCUUCGUGUCCCUGGGCGCGCCCCGCCGAGAGCGGAAGGGCGAGGGGGUGCAGCUCCCGGCCUCCUGCCUGCCCCCGCCGCAGAAAGACAACAUCCCCAUGCUGCUGCUGCUGCAGGAGCCCCACCUCACCACGCUGUUCGACCUGCUGGAGAUGCUAGCCUGCUUCAAGCCCCCCAGUGCCGAGAGGGCCCUGGAGAACACAGAGAGUGUUCGGUGUGAGGAGUUGCACCUCCAUGCAGAGAACCUGUCCCGGCGUGUGUGGGAGCUGCUGAUGCUGCUGCCCACCUGUCCCAACAUGCUGCUGGCCUUCCAGAACAUCUCCGAUGAGACGGGUAGUGACGGGCUCUGCUGGAAGGACCUGCUGAGGAUAAAGAGCCCACACAAGCUGCUGUAUGCGCUGGAGAUCAUCGAGGCCCUUGGCAAACCCAACCGGCGCAUCCGGAGGGAGUCCACGGGGAGCUACAGUGACCUGUACCCCGACUCUGAUGACUCGAGUGAGGACCAGAUUGAGAAUAGCAAGAACUCCUGGAGCUGCAAGUUUGUCUCGUCUGGAGGUCUUCAGCUGCUGCUUGAGAUUUUCAACUCCGCUAUUCUGGAGCCGAAAGACCAGGAGUCCUGGACAGUGUGGCUGCUGGACUGCCUGGCCUGCUUGCUGAAGCUCAUCUGUCAGUUUGCCGUGGACCCGGCGGACCUGGACCUAGCCUACCACGAUGUCUUCGCCUGGUCCGGCCUCACGGACACUCAGCGCAAGCGGGCGUGGCCUGGGAAGUCCCGCAAGGGAGCAGGGGAUCAUGGGAAGGGGUUACACAUUCCUCGGCUUACUGAGGUUUUUCUAAGCCUUGUCCAAGGGACCAACUUAAUCCAGCGAUUAAUAAAUGUUGCCUACACAUACGACAACCUUGCACACAGGGCUCUGAAGGCCCAGUCAGACCACAGAUCCCGCCAUGAAGUGACACACUACUCCAUGUGGCUGCUGGUGAGCUGGGCACACUGCUGCUCAUUGGUCAAGUCCAGCCUGGCUGACAGUGACCACCUGCACGACUGGCUGAAGAAGCUCACUUUGCUGGUGCCUGAGGCGGCGGUCAGGCACGAGGCCUGUAACGGCCUGUACAAGCUGUCGCUGUCGGGCCUGGAGGGAGGCGAGUCCAUCAACAGGUCCUUCCUGCUGCUGGCUGCCUCCACGCUGCUCAAGUUCCUGCCCGACGCCCAGGCGCUUAAGCCGCUGCGGGUGGAGGAUUAUGAGGAGGAGCCCCUCCUGCGGACGGGAUGUAAGGAGUAUUUCUGGCUGCUGUGCAAGCUGAUCGACAACAUCCACGUCAAGGACGCCAGCCAGACCACGUUGUUGGAUCUGGACGCCCUGGCGAGACACUUGGCCGACUGCAUACGGAGCAGGGAGAUCCUGGACCAGCAGGACGGGACCAUCGAGGAUGACGGUCUGACGGGGCUGCUGCGCCUGGCCACCAGCGUGGUCAAGCACAAGCCCCCCUUCAAAUUCUCCCGCGAGGGCCAGGAGUUCCUGCGGGACGUCUACAACCUGCUCUUCAUGCUGCCCAGCCUGAAGGACCGGCAGCAGCCCAAGUGCAAGUCGCACUCGGCGAGGGCGGCUGCCUACGACCUGCUGGUGGAGGUGGUGAAGGGCUCUGUGGAGAACUACCGGCUGCUCCACAACUGGGUCAUGUCUCAGCACAUGCAAGCUUCUCACGCCCCGUACAAGUGGGACUACUGGCCCCAUGAUGACGUGCGGGCGGAAUGCAGGUUUGUGGGGCUCACCAACCUGGGCGCCACCUGCUACCUGGCCUCCACCAUCCAGCAGCUCUACAUGAUCCCCGAGGCUCGGCAGGCCGUCUUCACCGCCAAGUACGCAGAAGAGAUAAAACACAAGACCACUCUGCUGGAGCUGCAGAAGAUGUUCACGUAUCUCAUGGAGAGCGAGAGGAAGGCCUACAACCCGCGGCCGUUCUGCAAGACCUACACCAUGGACAAGCAGCCGCUCAACACGGGCGAGCAGAAGGACAUGACGGAGUUCUUCACUGACCUCAUCACCAAGAUCGAGGAGAUGUCUCAGGACCUGAAAAACACAGUGAAGACGCUCUUCGGUGGGGUCAUAACCAACAAUGUGGUGUCUCUGGACUGCGAGCAUGUGAGCCAGACAGCGGAGGAGUUCUACACAGUCAGAUGCCAGGUGGCUGACAUGAAGAACAUCUAUGAAUCGCUGGAUGAAGUGACCAUCAAGGACACUCUGGAGGGGGACAACAUGUACACAUGCUCCCAGUGUGGGAAGAAAGUGCGGGCGGAGAAGAGGGCAUGUUUUAAGAAGCUCCCGCGCAUCCUGAGCUUCAACACCAUGCGCUACACGUUCAACAUGGUGACCAUGAUGAAGGAGAAGGUGAACACGCACUUCUCCUUCCCCCUGCGGCUCGACAUGACGCCGUACACGGAGGACUUCCUCAUGGGCAAGAGUGACAGGAAGGAGGGGUUCCGGGAAGACGUGGAGUCGAAGGUGGCGGAGAGCUACGAGUAUGACCUCAUUGGGGUGACCGUGCACACGGGGACUGCUGACGGAGGCCAUUACUACAGCUUCAUCAGAGACAUCAUCAACCCACACGCGUACAAGAACAACAAGUGGUACCUCUUCAACGAUGCAGAGGUGAAGCCCUUCGAUUCAGCUCAGCUGGCGUCUGAAUGCUUCGGCGGAGAGAUGACGACAAAGACGUACGAUUCUGUCACGGACAAGUUCAUGGACUUCUCCUUUGAAAAGACCCACAGUGCCUACAUGCUGUUCUACAAGAGAGUGGAGCCGGAGGAGGAGAACGGGAAGGAUUUCAAAUUUGACGUUUCUCCAGACCUGCUCGAGUGGAUCUGGCAUGACAACAUGCAGUUUCUUCAGGACAAGAACAUAUUCGAACACACUUACUUUGGGUUCAUGUGGCAGUUGUGCAGCAGUAUACCCAGCACUUUACCUGACCCCAAGGCCAUCUCCCUGAUGACCGCCAAGCUCAGUACAUCUUUUGUCCUGGAGACAUUUAUUCAUUCAAAGGAGAAGCCCACCAUGUUGCAGUGGAUCGAGCUCCUGACCAAGCAGUUCAACAACAGCCAGGCAGCCUGUGAGUGGUUUUUAGAUCGGAUGGCGGACGACAACUGGUGGCCCAUGCAGAUCCUCAUCAAGUGCCCCAAUCAGAUUGUGCGGCAGAUGUUCCAGCGGCUGUGUAUCCACGUCAUUCAGAGGCUAAGGCCGGUGCACGCCCACCUGUAUCUGCAGCCUGGCAUGGAGGACGGCUCCGACGACAUGGACGGCCCGGUGGAGGACAUCGGCAGCCGCUCGUGCGUCACGCGCUUCGUCAAGACGCUGCUCUCCAUCAUGGAGCAUGGGGUCAAGCCCCACAGCAAGCACCUGACCGAGUACUUCGCCUUCCUGUACGAGUUCGCCAAGAUGGGCGAGGAGGAGAGCCAGUUUCUCCUGUCCUUGCAAGCCAUUUCCAUCAUGGUCCAUUUCUACAUGGGCACAAAGGGGCCUGAGAACCCACAGGUAGAGGUGCUGUCGGAGGAGGAAGGGGAGGAAGAGGACGAGGAGGAGGACAUCCUGUCGCUGGCGGAGGAGAAGUACCGGCCGGCAGCUCUGGAAAAGAUGAUCGCCCUCAUCGCCCUGCUGGUGGAGCAGUCGCGCUCCGAGAGGCACCUGACCCUCUCUCAGAACGACAUGGCGGCGCUGACCGGCGGGAAGGGCUUCCCCUUCCUGUUCCAGCACAUCCGCGACGGCAUCAACAUCCGGCAGACCUGCAACCUCAUCUUCAGCCUCUGCCGCUACAACAACCGGCUGGCGGAGCACAUCGUUUCGAUGCUUUUCACAUCCAUUGCGAAGCUCACCCCUGAGGCUGCAAACCCCUUCUUCAAGCUGCUCACCAUGCUCAUGGAGUUCGCUGGCGGUCCCCCCGGCAUGCCCUCCUUCGCCUCCUACAUCCUGCAGAGGAUCUGGGAGGUGAUCGAGUACAACCCCUCUCAGUGUCUGGACUGGCUGGCGGUGCAGACCCCUCGCAACAAGCUGGCCCACAGCUGGGUUCUGCAGAACAUGGAGAACUGGGUGGAGAGGUUCCUGCUGGCCCACAACUACCCCCGCGUGCGCACCUCUGCGGCCUACCUGCUGGUGUCCCUGAUCCCCAGCAACUCGUUCCGGCAGAUGUUCCGCUCCACGCGCUCGCUGCACAUCCCCACGCGGGACCUGCCCCUCAGCCCGGACACCACGGUGGUCCUGCACCAGGUCUACAACCUGCUGCUCGGCCUGCUGGGCCGGGCCAAGCUGUACGUGGACGCGGCCGUGCACGGCACCACCAAGCUGGUGCAGUACUUCAGCUUCAUGACCUACUGUCUCAUCUCCAAGACGGAGAAGCUCAUGUUCUCAGGCUACUUCAUGGACCUCUGGAACCUCUUUCAGCCCAAGCUGUCAGAGCCGGCCAUCGCCACCAACCACAACAAGCAGGCGCUGCUGUCCUUCUGGUACAACGUGUGCGUGGACUGCGCCGAGAACGUGCGCCUGGUGGUGCAGAACCCCGUGGUCACCAAGAACAUCGCCUUCAACUACAUCCUGGCGGACCACGACGACCAGGAGGUGGUGCUGUUCAACCGCGGCAUGCUGCCCGCCUACUACGGCAUCCUGCGCAUGUGCUGCGAGCAGUCUCCCGCCUUCACCCGCCAGCUGGCGUCGCACCAGAACAUCCAGUGGGCCUUCAAGAACCUCACGCCGCACGCCAGCCAGUACCCGGGGGCGGUGGAGGAGCUCUUCAACCUGAUGCAGCUGUUUGUGGCCCAGCGGCCCGACAUGAGGGAGGAGGAGCUGGAGGACGUCAAGCAGUUCAAGAAGACCACCAUCAGCUGCUACCUGCGCUGCCUGGACGGCCGCUCCUGCUGGACCACGCUUAUCAGUGCCUUCCGCGUCCUGCUGGAGAAUGAUGAGGACAGGCUGCUGGUGGUCUUCAACCGUGGGCUCAUCCUCAUGACUGAGUCCUUCAACACCUUGCACAUGAUGUAUCACGAGGCCACCGCGUGUCAUGUGACGGGGGACCUGGUGGAGCUGCUGUCCAUCUUCUUGUCUGUUCUGAAAGCCACGCGGCCCUACCUGCAGCGGAAAGAUGUGAAGCAGGCUCUGAUCCACUGGCAGGAGAGGAUCGACUUCGCCCACAAGCUCCUGACGCUCCUCAACUCCUACAGCCCCCCUGAGCUCCGCAACGCCUGCCUAGAUGUUUUGAAGGAGCUGGUCCUCUUGAGCCCCCAUGACUUCCUGCACACGCUGGUGCCCUUCCUGCAGCACAACCACUGCACCUACCACCACAGCAACAUCCCCAUGUCCUUCGGCCCCUACCUGCCCUGCAGGGAGAACAUCAAGCUGAUGGGAGGGAAGAACAACAUCAGGCCCCCGCGGCCCGAGCUCAACAUGUGCCUCCUACCCUCCAUGGUGGAGACCAGCAAGGGGAAGGACGAGGUCUACGAUCGGAUGCUUCUGGACUACUUCCUGUCCUACCACCAGUUCAUUCACUUGUUGUGCCGAGUGGCCAUCAACUGCGAGAAGUUCACUGAGACCCUGGUCAAACUAAGUGUCUUGAUCGCGUACGAGGGAUUACCUCUGCACCUGGCCCUCUUCCCUAAACUGUGGACGGAGCUGUGUCAAUCUCAAUCGGCCAUGGCUAAGACCUGUGUGAAGCUGCUUUGUGAAGACCCAGCCUUUGGGGAGUACAUCAAGUGCAUCCUCAUGGAUGAGAGGACCUUCCUGAACAACAACGUGGCCUACACCUUCCUCACCUGCUUCCUGCACAAGGUGCAGACUCAGGUGCUGUCCGGACCCAGCUGCGCCAACCUGAUCAACAUUCUGGUCACCAACCUGGUGAACGAGUACCACAGCCAGGAGCCAGAGCCGGCAAGCCAGAGGCUGGAGAUCUGCAAGACCAGCGGGAUUCUCAAUGCAGACCUGCGGGCCUUGGUGCUGCUGCUGUCGGUGCACACGCCCCCCCAGCUGGACCCCGCCCUGGGCCCCGCCCUGCAGGACCUGCUGGCCAAGUGUCGUGCUUGCCUUCAGCAGCGCAGCACUCUGGAGCUGGAAGUGAAGGACCGCAAGGCCAAAGACGAAGAGGGCGCCACCCCGGUGAAGCGGCGGCGUGUGAGCAGCGAGGAGGAGCACGCCGGCGAGGGCGGCAGCGGCGGGGGCUGCCCCCCUUCCUCCUCCUCCUCGUCCUCCUGCGCCGAGCUGAAGCCCGAGACGCGGGAGGCCCUGACCCCCACCAGCACGUCCGACACGGAGACGCGGGACUCCUCGGUCAUCGACCCGGGCACCGAGCAGGACCCGCCCUCCCCGGACGGCGGCUCCCCGAAGGAGGAGAAGAUGGAGGCGUCCUCGUCCUCCUCCUCGUCCUCCUCCUCCUCCUCCCUCCCGGAGGGCGUGGGGCCGUUCGGGCAGCAGCAGCAGGGGAUGGUGGGAGGGAGCAAGGAGGACGAGGGCAGGAAGGAGGCGGGGGAGGAGGCCACGGACGCGAAAGAGGCGGCCUCAAAGACGGGCGGGGCGGCGGGGGUGGCGCCCGCGGAGGAGGACGCGGCCUUCCCCUCCACCUCCGUGCUGGCGGGGCUCCAGGAGGCGGGCGACGGCCAAGGCUGCCCCCUGCAGGAGACGGAUGGCGGCGGCGGUACCGGCGGCGGCUGCAGCCACGCCGCCUCUCACGGCCUCUUGAACUUCAUGCAGCAGCAGGAUGUGUUAGACAUGCUGUGCAGGACCGUGGAGUCCACCAUCAGCGCGGUCAGCAAACUGUCCGGGAAAGGAGCACGCACCUCCACCUCUUGACAGCAUUUCUAGCAUGUCUGGCUUUUUAAACCUUUUUUUAUUUCUCCAGCUGUUCGUUUACUACUCUUUUUCUUCUUUUUCCUCCUCUCCUGUUUUUUUCCCCCCCUCUCUUCUCUUGAUUUGUGUUUUAAAGAACUCCUGACUCCUGGCUGUCCUGAUCAGUUGCUCUGCUUCACUUUGUCACGUGAUCUUUCCUUUAGCUUGAAUGGCAAUAGAUUUGUACAGUAUGCUUGAAGCGUCUGAGGACGAAAACACGCACAGCCUCAGAUCUAUUUAAACGAGAAGAAAAAUUAAUAAGGACUGCAGCUAUAGCACAUUUUCUCAAAGGGCAAAACCUUUUUUUCAUUUUUACUUAUUUCUUUGAAGUUCUUUGAAGUGAAUAUUUGUUUGAGGUUGCUGUAAUGGGGGGAAGGUUUACAGAGUUUAGUCUUCUCUCUCCUGUAUGUAAUUUAAUUUUAUUGCAUUUUUACUGUGUAUAAAAUGGUGUCUUCUGUGCCAGUUUUGUACUUUAUUAAAGAGGCCCAUUGCCUCGCAUUUCUGUGGUUAUAUCCGAACUAAGUUUACUUGUACAUUAAGGAACCACAAGAACCUUGAUUCUGUUAAGAAUCCUCUCUAGUUGUGGCCUGGCAGUGUAUAUGAAUAUAUAUGGUGCUUUAUUUGACAGGAUACCUGUGGGUGAAAUAAAGCACACUUGAUGUAACAGUUGGAGCUUUAUUUUAUUUACUGAAAUACAUUCCAUAUUAUAUUGUCAUUCUUGCAUUUCCUGAUGUUUGUUUUUCUUUUUUGUUUAUUUUAAUUGAGGAUAACUUAAUAAAAUUAUAAUAUGAAUGAUUAUCAAGCAGAAUCAGCUAGAAGCUCUCAAAGAUUGCUUUGUCUUUUGUACCCCUGCCCCACACCCCACACACAAAUGAUUAGAAUAUACAGUAUAAUCUGCUUUUGUCCUCCUUCAGUUUUUUGUUGUUUUUACCCCUCCUGUUAUCUGCAUUUUUUCACAGAAUGUGUGUGAUGUGUGUGAUCCAGCUUCAGGGCAGGGAAGGGUGUUCCUUGUUCAGUAAGGGUGAAUUGAAGCCCUUGAUGUAUGCAGCAUUUGACACCCUCUGAAUCGGUCUGCACAUUUCUGAUCUGUCAGUGCAGUUUGAAGCGGUGUUGCUCAUCCUGUCCCUGUUGCAGAAACUGAUCUGAGGUCAGUCUCUCGUGAGCUCAUCUUCUCCCGCAGUUCACUGGGUUCGGUUCACACAGGCGUGAUCAGCAGUGCCUUUUGCUCUCUACAGCUUGUCUUGGUAGAACUUUUAAAUUUCCAUUCUUUGAUAGGCGUUCUUAGGAGCUUUUUCGUACAGCUUGCAUUGUGCAUAUGAAAAUCUCCAAGAUGUCAGUGCAUCCCAAAAGCAAUUUCCCUC